GACAGCUGUCCAAUAGAGACCCUCAGUGCUGGUACGGCUCGCGGCUUAAGCGCCGCCGCGGUCUGAGGAAUGUCAACUAUUCAACAUGGAGGCGGAGGUCGAUAAGCUGGAACUGAUGUUCCAGAAAGCUGACUCCGAUCUGGAUUACAUUCAGUACAGGCUAGAAUAUGAAAUCAAGACUAAUUAUCCUGAUUCAGCAGGCGAGAAAAGUCCAGUUACGCUGUUAAAGGAAAUAUCAGCGAUAAAGUCUCGAUAUCAAACUUUGUAUACACGCUUCAAACUAGUUGCUGUUGAGCAGCAAGAGACUAAGAGCCGCAUUUGUGCUACUGUGAAUAAGACUAUGAACAUGAUACAACAACUACAAACGCAAACAGACCUAGAGCUGUCACCACUGACUGAAGAAGAGAAAAAUGCAGCAGAGCAAUUAAAAUCUCACAUGCCAGACUCAUGAAGAAAUGGACUUCCAAAAGGGAACUCUAAUAGAGAAGAAAUCAAUUCCAGAAAAAUUCAGGAAGAUGUCUUUUUUUUAAUAUUGUAUAAAUUUAAUUGCAAGAAAAUGCAAAUAAUGCGAAUAACAAAUCCAAAACCAACUUUAAAAGCAAAUUUAUGAUGAAUACAUGUUAAUGAGUUAACAUGGCUGGUAAACAAUUCUCACAAAUCAAAAUUUAACAGUGGUCUGAAGUUUGGGCUGGCUGGGAGGUGGCCUUUUAUCUCAGAAAACAUAGAGGGGUUUUGCAAGUGAACCUGCAUCUGCUGGGCAGAAGUCAGGGAUCCAAUGUUCAGAACAGUCAUUUCAUCCUUUGUAUAAUUGAUUCCAGAAGUUUCUCAAUCUUUUGCUAUUUUAUAAACUUGACAUUAUCUCAUUAACACUAUUGGCAUCUUCAUGCCUAUCAUAUAUAUCCUAGUAUACUGAAAACUACAUAACAGGUCAAUUGUUGAAAUGGGCAAAGGAUAAUUUCCAGUUAAUAUGAAUCACCACUCACAAUAUGCCUUGGUCAAAGUUCCUUGUCUCUCAAGAAACUGUUUCAGAGAAAAUAAAAUGAGAAACUUACUUUCCCCCAGGACCUAUUUCUCUCUCUCUGAAAUUUUAUGCCAUCUUGAAGCAUCUCACUUUGGUUCUAUCUGAUUCUUUAUCCGCAGAUGACUAUCCUCAGACAUUGCACACACACAAAAAAGCUAUAAAAUGACAGUUUCUAUCCACAAAAUUUGGUAUCUAGUUAACUUGCAACCUACUAUCCUCCAUUGAUUAUUUACUAAAAGUGUUACU